GCAGGAAAGCACCGCGGAUAGCCCUCAUCAAAUAAAUCAAAACGAUGAAGAUCGGAGGCCAGAGGAGAUGAGAAUAGGGCAUAAGAGAUGGUGUCUGUGCAGCAACUGCUCACCAACAGACACGGAAAUGUCUGUUGGACAGAGCUCCGCUUUCUAGCAGCAGCCGUUCAAAGUCACUUGACCACAUGGAUCAAACUGUCGUUUUUGGUGAAACUGAAACGUGUACGUUAUUCCCAUUCAUUAAAAUGACGUAAUGUUAUUAUUGAUCUGCGUCGUUUAUAUGAGCUUAAAGCCCUUGAUAAUACUUCCUUUAAAUGCACAAUCCCUAAUGAUAAUACGUACUGAUACACUAUGAUGUUUAGCUAUUGAAUCCAUCCUGUUGAGGGAUAUCCCGUGUAUCACAUCACACACAAAUUCUGUGGCAUUGUAUUGAUAUUUUACACUAUUAAUAACCGCAUCUGCUGGUCAAAACAACUGAGUUAACCUCCAGUGUAACCACUUAACGUCAUCUACCCAAAGUGCAGUGCGCGUCUAAAAUAAUGGCGAUCGCUGAUAGUCAGAAAUUCUAUUGAAGGUUUAGGUUUUUUAAAAUAACAAAUCUUUGCGUGGUUUUUACAGUACAUUUCCAUAACUGAGAGCAUUUACAACAUAUUAUGCCCUACAAAUCUUAAGGGGUGGGGUUCCCUUUAACACACUUGCAUGGUGUUGGUGUCACCAUUGGGGAAAUAGUACUUAAUUAUAACUAUAACGUCACUGUAACUGUUAUCGUAUUGGAUGUAAUCCAGCUAUGACAUCACCAACUGAUUACAACCUGUAUGUUUACGUGGGCCUGUACCUUAUAAAAAGAUUGAGUGAAGAUUCCAUUCCUCAAAUGUGUUGUAUGAAGAACAAGUUAGAAGAAGCAAAAAAAAUUAUAAUAAUCAUUUUGAAAGAGGCCAAUACUGAAUGAAAUAUCUGCUGGGAUUCAACGUGCAACUAUGGAGAAUAGAUCAGUGGUGAUGUCAUUUAUAUUGACGGCAUACACUGAAAUGGAAGACCAUAGAUAUGUAUACUUCACAGGUUUCCUGUUAUUGUUCAUCCUUAUGCUAUUAGUAAAUAUAAUUCUUAUUACAAUAAUUUAUAUUGAAGCCAGUCUCCAUGAACCCAUGUAUUUUUUGUUGUGUAGCUUAGCAGUAAAUGGAAUUUAUGGCACUAUAUCUUUAUUACCAUCAAUACUUGGUCAUUUAAUGUCUCAUACUUAUGAAAUAUCACUGACUGCAUGUCUUUCACAGAUCUUUUGUUUGCACACAUAUGGUGCAGUUGAAUUUAUUACUUUAGCAGCGAUGGGCUAUGACAGAUAUGUUGCCAUUUGUCAUCCAUUACACUAUCACCAGUUAAUGUCUCAUAGAAAAGUAUACACACUUAUAGCAUUGUGCUGGAUUUACCCUUUCAUUGUGUUUGGGAUGUAUUUCAUAUUAACUGCACAGCUUAUAUAUUGUGACAACAUCAUGGAAAAGGUGUAUUGUGCUAGCUUUGCAUUGAUCAAACUGUCCUGUUUUGACAUUUCUUUUCACAGCAAACUUGGCCAUGUUGUAACUGUUUUUAUAAUUGUUCCCCAGGUCCUCAUGAUAUUAUUUUCCUAUGCACAAAUACUCAGAAUCUGCCUGACUGCUUCUAAGGAAUCUCAGGCCAAAGCUAUUCAAACAUGCACCCCACACUUACUGGCCGUGAUUAACUAUGCAGUGGGAGUCCUUUUUGAAGUUAUUUCAAUUCGUUUCAACAUGAGUCAUGUACCAUAUAAAGUUCGCAUAUUCCUGUCCCUUUACUUUCUGAUAUUUCCCCCAUUGCUUAAUCCUGUAAUGUAUGGAAUUAGCAUUCAAGCCAUCAGAGUUCAGAUUUUCAAACUGUUCUUUACUUGUAAAAAUAGGUUGUUUACACAGUAGUUGAUUAAGGAGUUUCAUAAAUGUUUUAUUAU